CAUGAAAUACUACCGUAGUUUUAGUUCUUGUAAUGGGGUUCCUUUGAAGAAGAACGGGUUCAACGUUACACUAGCAGCUGUGGGUUUUGCAUCAUAUGUCUUUUCUGUUUAUCCAUUGAUGAAUUCCACCGGAGAAGAAUAUAAUAUAUGCCAGUCAUGUACAAUAUAGUGCUAAGCACAGUGUUGAUGCCGAUUUUGAUGAACUGGAACUUGUCCAAACAUCCGUUUAACGGAAAUUUGUACCUGCAAUUGUCUCGGCAGGUGUUCUUUAUGGGCCUGUUCAACGCUUAUUCAUUCGUCUACGAAAAAGAAGACGGCCGCAAAAGUUCAUUCAAUCGCUGUACUUGCGCUUGUUAUCCAUCAAUGUUGGAGUGCUUCAAAUCUGAACCUCUGCAUUUUGUGUUUUACGCAAAAUACGCCUUUGACCUUAUUUUGACUAUUGGACAGGCCUACGUUUUGUGGCGCGGUUGGCGGGAAAUGGAAAAACAAACCAAAUUGUCCACGCCUUGAAAGGUGUCAGGUAUUGGGGAAAUUAACCUGUCACCGUAAUCGUACGCGUUGGAUCAU